ACUCUGGAUUAUGCGAAAAUUUACGCCUCAAUGCGAAAGCCUGCCUCUCUUUUUGACGGUCGUUUGGUUGUGGACCAUCGGCACCUCAUGGACAUAGGUUUCCGCGUGGAGGCUGUCGGUGUUUCUCUCCAGUAA